GCCAUUUUCUCUUUCUGGCUCUGGAAGGAGGGAGGAGUAGCCGGAGGUGGGAGGUAGAUGGGAGCGGGACUUUAGUAGUGGUGUGGAGUGGCGCCCGGUCGUUAGUGCGCGGUCGGGCAGGCUGGCAGCAGAGCAAAGAUGCUGCUGCGGCCGGCGAUGCUGCUGCUGCUGCUGCCCGGACUCUGAGCUGGGGCUGCAGGUCGAAACUCGUAGGUGGAGCCGGGCGGGGCGGCCGCCGAGUGAGUGACCGACCCACCCUCCGACCAAGCGGCAGCAGCAGCCGGAGGAACAAGAGGAGGCGGCCCAGGUUGCGGCGGGAGCGGCAAAGCGCCCGCGUGUCUUAGGGAGGCGCAAGCGACGAGGCGGCGGGCAGCAGGCAGGGGGCGCUCUCUACAGCCCGGACAGAUACAAUUCAACAUGUUUCAAAUUCCUGUGCAAAAUCUGGAUAGCAUAAGGAAGGCUCGGAAGAAAGUCAAGGGCAUUCUUGUAGAUAUUGGGCGUGAUAGCUGCCGGGAGUUACUUCAGACUCUGAAAAAUUUUGACCCAGGUGAAAAAUAUUUCUACAACACUUCUUGGAACGAUGUAUCACAUUUGGAGUUUGCCACUAAAAGAAAGAGAUACAGAACAAAUCCAUAUUGCUGUAGCCUGUGCAAAUUCUCAUCAAAAUUUCUCUCUUCUUUCAAAAAUCACUUGAACCGUUGCCAUGAAGAUGAAAUGGAUCAAGAAUUAGUUGUUCCUUGUCCAGAAUGUGCAUUUGCUUCUCAUUCCAAAAUAGUCAGCAAACACCUACGGAUGUUUCACUCCAAGAAAAAGAUACAAAAUUAUAAUGUGAGUGGUGGCAUGAGACAGUUCCGGAGUGAAGCAAUAAACUUUGUGUGCCAGAAAUGUCAGUUUUCAGAUACACUGUACUAUAAUACAAAGAAACAUGUGUUAGUAACCCACUUCCCGAACCUAAUAAGCACAUAUUUUGAGGAGAGGCCUGAUGAAAGUGAAGAAAAUUUCACUGAUCACUACUGUAAAAAGUGCAAUGCUUUUGCAAACAGCCGGGAUUCUUUGAUAUAUCAUGUCUUGACAUCUGAAGUCCACAAAGAUCUGGAGAAUAUAUUGAGGCCUGUCAUUCUGGUACAGCCUAAAAAACCAGGACAGGGGAAAUCACUACAGAUCAUCAAUAUUGCUCCCAAGCCUUCCACAGCUAGAGCUACGCCCCCCCUCAUACCUACCACUGUGCCAGUGGCCUCAGCUUCUACAUCAUGUGUUCAGCUUUCAGUUCCGCUACUCAAUCAAAAUCACAAUAUGGUGCCAACAAAAACAGUGGGACCACUUACUAUUUCAAGUGCCUCCAACAGUAUGGCACAUACAUCACCUCCAACUUCGGUUGCUCAGUCCCAUAUUGCGCUUCUGUCCGAUCCUCGCCUGGGAGGUCAGAACAGUGCGGCUCUUCAGCCUACAGUUUCUCAGCCUAUGUUUGUUCCCCAUCGGUUCCCCCUCAAACAGUCGGUAAGGCCCAGGGUUUUCUGCCUGAAUCAGUCUGCUGGGAACAUAAGUCGAGGAGUUCCUCCAGGUGUCAUUUCAUUCACUCGGCCUGUUGGGCCUAGCCUGCUUCCUGUGAAUCAGUCAGUACGGAGCCUUAGCAGUCCUGUUGUGCCAGGGACUCUUCCUGUGCCCCAGCCGCCUGGAUCUCUGAACAGAUCCAUUGGUUCUGGCAGUAUUCCGAUGAAUAGACCUUCUUCACCAGGGGUCCUUGCUGUAAAUCGGCCUGUUGGUAGUUUGAAUCAUCCUGGGGUUCUUCCAGUGACUCAGGCACUUUCAUCGGGGGUUCUUCAGUUCAAUCAUCCUGGCACACCAGGAGUUCUUCCUGUAAACCAGUCAGUUGGACCAGGAAUUUUACAGUUCAAUCAACCUGUUGCUCCUGGAGUUCUCCCUAUAAAUCAGCCUGUUAAACCUGGUGUUUCUCAGAAUGCUGCUAUGCUUACUGCAGGACCUAUACUUAGACAAUUAAUUCCAACUGGUAAGCAAGUUAAUGGGAUACCCACAUACACUCUAGCACCAGUUUCAGUGGCUUUGCCUAUGCCACCAGGUAAUGGGAUGACAACAGUUUCACCACCUCAAGUACCUGUCCAAUUGGUGCAAUCUAGCCCAGUUUCUGAGCUCUCUCAGGCUCCAGCUACUGUGCCUUCUUCUAUUGUAGUAACAUCUUCCACAAAUACCCCAGCCCAGAAUUCUCCAUCUGCUUCUGCUAUGAGCCUGGCCCUUAAGCAGGCUAAGCAGUGGAAGACCUGCCCUGUGUGCAGUGAGCUUUUCCCAUCAAAUGUUUAUCAGGUGCACAUGCAAGUAGCCCACAAGUUCAGUGUUGGAAAGCCAGAAAUUGCCCUUGAAACAGACAAAGUUGCAGCUUGUGCACCUUUCCUGAGAUGGCUAAAAGACAAGACAGUCCGGUGUUUUUCUUGUAAAUGUUUUUUGUCUGAAGAUGACCUAAUAAAGCAUAUUUUUACGCAUGGAUUAGCUUGUCUGUUCUGCACCUGUACUUUCUAUGACUUAAAAGGCCUUGUGGAGCACACCAGAACUGUUCAUAAAGGAAGGAAGAAACUACAUGCCGACUAUGAAGACAAAGGGUUCCAACUUGAAAGUGACUCUGAAGGUGAUCUGUUUUUUUCUCAUUUCGACUUUAUUGUUACGGCAAAAGAACAACUUUGUGAAAGAGAAGUGCACCUAGCAGUACUUGCUGGGGUCAAUUCAAGGACAGUUAUUCCUCUGUACAUUAAAUUGCAGCAUGAGACUGCAGAAACUAAUAAGGGCAAUAGAAAAGUUUCAACUUGCCCCUUUUGUUAUGGUACCUUCACUAGUGCGGAAGCUUAUGAGAUCCAUUUGAAAGAAAGGCAUCAUAUCAUGCCAACUGUGCAUACCAUUUUGAAGUCUCCUGCUUUCAAGUGCAUCCACUGCUGUGGUGUAUAUACUGGCAAUAUGACUCUAACUGCUAUUGCUGUGCAUUUGCUCCGCUGCCGAAGUGCUCCAAAAGACAGCACUGAGACUGUGAAGAUGCAGCUGGAACCCAGUGACAAGAAAGAGCUGCCCCUUGUGAAUGGCGAGAAACAUGAAACUGGUUCUCUUUCAGCCAAAAGGAAACAAUCUGACCAUCUUUAUGCUGCUCCAGAGGACCAAAAGAAUGACGAUGAGCCGUUCCUGAUUAUAAACAGUGGUACAGCCCAAGUUCCAGUAAAGGAUGUGAAUUUUGUGCCUUCUAAACGACAAAAGGCUGAUCAUAAGAGUGAAACUAAGGGACAGCCUAUGAUUGAGGAUCUGCAUAUUUUAGCGUUAAAUCCAAAGCCAUUCCAGCACAGCUCUAAUGAAGUCCAAAAACAGUUUCUUGCAGAUUAUUUUCACAAGAAACCAUAUCCCACCAAAAAGGAGUUGGAAUUAUUGUCAUCUAUUUUGUGUGCAUGGAAAGCUGAUGUUGCAUCAUUUUUUGGGAGAAAGAGAUACUCCUGCCUAAGGGCAAUAAAAAAGCUUAAGCCAUCUGUGCUUUUGGGCUUUAAUAUGUCUGAACUUAAAAAUGUCAAGCACAGUUUAAUCUUGCAGUAUGAAUCAGCAGAUGUGUAACUUUAAAAACAAACCAUCUAAUAGGCAAUUAAUUACUUCAGAACUGUCUCUGUUUAGGGUUUUUUGUGACAUUAGUAUACUCUGGCCACAUUUGUACAAAACAAUAACAGAAUUUUAGAGAAUUCUGUAUUUCUGUUCUUGAGCAGCACUGAUGCAUGUUGCGUGAGCCUCUCGCUACUUUGAAUGCUUGUGUUAACCAGGAGCUCAUGGAGAAGAGAAAGUUUAGCAUUACAUACAAACCCACUCUCCUGGUAUGUUGCUACUAAACAGGCCACAAAUCAAAAACUGAUUUCAGGCUCCUGUUUGUUGACGGAGCAACCAGCUCAGGAACAGUGCUAAGCUUUUUUGGGGAAGAGGGUUGGUUUUUGUAUAUUGUUACCACUCUCACUCAGGAGAAGUGAAGAGGACUGUCCAGGCAACAUGCAGUAGCAUGCUGUUCAUUAAGUUUUACACAAAUGCAGUCAGUGCCUCAUUCAUUUGGGCGAUUGUUCAUUGUGGCAGUGGGGUACAGUAUAGUAUACCUGAAGCUUUGUUUUUGUUUAUGGUGUAGUUUUUCUGCCUAUUGAUUUUAUACAAUUGUGUAACAAAUCUCCUUAAAACAUUUUUUGGGCUGUAUGUUUGGUAAAAUAUCAAAACUGGUUAGAUGGUCAUAAUAAAAUUUAGAUCUUCAUUUAAAUAUCAGGAUAGUUAAUGUCCAAUCUCAUCUUCACAUUUUUUUUUUAAAACACACCCAGAUUUUCCCAACGAAGCAGUACUAGAUGCAACAGUCUUGUUAAAAAAACUACUUAUGCUAUCUAUAGGUAUAUAUGUUGAGGGUUUACAAGCACUUGUUUCUGAUAAAAUUUUGAAAGCUUAUUAUGUGACAUCUUUUUUUUCUUAAUUUUUUUACUUGUGGUUUCCAAGUAUUUGAUUUGUAUUUUGGAAUAAAAUAAGGAGCUGCUUAAUAUGCAGCCCCACUUAUUGACUGAAA